AUGGUGUCAGCAGCGUGUACCUCGAUCGUAUCUCCCGUCGGCGAAAGCCCCAGAUUUGUUGGCGCCGGCGGCUUGUCAACCUGCAUCCCAGCGAGCAGGUCCCCUGUGGAUGCCUUCGGAGGAUUAUCCCCUGCCCCUGUCGACGUUGUGACCUCUGUAAAAAGUUGGCAGUUGUCCGGCGGGCGCCCCGAAGGGAUCGAGCUGUCCGCCGGCAUCGCAAUCAGAGAAGAGCUCAUCGCAAUCAGAGAAGGCCAUAUAUCGCCAAUACAUACUUAA